AUGGCGGUUAUCAGCGCACUAACGGCAGCAAUCGCUGUGGCGUUUCUGGCGGCGGCAUUACCGGCAUACGCCGGCGACACAAACAAAGUAUUCUCUCCAUGCACGGACACACGCGUGCAGAGAUCAGACGGUUUCACGUUUGGACUCGCGUUCGCCGCAAAGGAUAAGUUCUUCUUCAACAACAAUAACAGCGUUCAGUUAUCUCCCUGCGAUACUAGACUCUCUCUCUCCAAUUCCAACUCUCAGAUCUCUUUGUUCAGACCUAAGGUCGACGAGAUCUCGCUCCUAACGGUUAAUUCUUCCUCAUUCGUUGCGGACUCGUAUGGCUACAUGGUUGCAUUUGCUGGUCGUAAAUAUGCAGCAAGGUCCCCUCCCGCUUUUGUUGCAAAUGGCUCAUAUACUGUAACCAGUUUUACUCUUGUUCUUGAGUUUACGAAGGGAAGAUUGCAAAAUUUAUAUUGGAAAAGAGAUGGGUGUGCUAAAUGCCCGAAAAAUUCAAAAGCUGUCUGUCUUAACAAUCAGGAUUGUGCACUACAAACAUCUACUUGCAAGAGCCAUGGAGGACUUGUGGAUUGCAGCUUAGGUAUACAAUUGGCAUUCUCUGGCACUGAUAAACACCUAUCAGCUCUCAAUUCUUGGUAUGAAGUGAAAAACCUUCGCCAAUAUUCACUCUACGGUCUUUAUUCAAAUCUAAGAAGUUCACUCACUAGCCAAUAUGAUAAGUUAUUCUAA